AUGAAAAUAUCCAGUUUCGAUGUUGCCCUCUGCGAUAAUCUCGAAUUGCCCUUUCGUGAUGAAUCAUUCGAUGCGGUGCUAUCCAUUGCCGUUGUGCAUCAUUUCGCCACCACCGAGCGGCGAGUUAAUGCCCUCCGCGAAUUGGCACGCAUUUUACGAAUUGGUGGUCGGGUUGUAAUAACCGUUUGGGCACUGGAACAACGACAUCGACGUUUUGAAUCGCAGGAUGUCCUAAUACCAUGGCAACCACCAAAAAAUCGUAAUUUUAACUAUUCCGAUGAAGAAGAUGAUGAGGAUUUCUUGCCACCCUAUCAUGCCUACACAGAGGAUUCAACAAAUUCAAGUCGUUCGGCAGGAGAUGGUGAUAGUUCGAGCUUAUCUUCCUCAUCACCAGGGGAAUCGUGUUAUAGUUUUGUGAGAAGGGCAAUACAGAAACUAGCCGGCGGCCGCAAACAUGCUUGGUUCUUGGAAUCAUGGACCUCCAAAGAUACCAAAAACGACAGCAGCAUGGACUAUGAAGAUGCCAAAGAUCUGCCCAUCGAACUGAGACGUUUGGAAGAUUUUGAAGAUUUCACCGAUCCACCACUAUCGGCGGGUCUUAAAUCACGCAGUCUGGGUAGUAUACUCAAUCCACCACCACGACAAAUUGUACGCUCACGUUCAAGUGUACCUAGUCUGGGUGGUCCUCUGGUCCCUUGCCAAGAGAGUGGUAAUAAAAAUCUGCAAUUCCUCGAUGCUCCACAAUAUGGAGUUCCCUCGUCCUCGGGUGCUAUUUCAGGUUCUCCCAAUUCCAGUGGGCACUCCAAUGGCCAUUCACCCAUCAAUCAUGCCAGUACUUCGCCCAAUACAACAAAUCUUUUAACCUCCAGCUCCGCAUCAGCAGCCACAACAAAUCUCAGUCGCCGUCCUAAACUUAUCAAACAAAAACAAUCGCUAUGCGAUGAAGAUUAUCAACUGCCAGAUACCCCUUUCCAUAUGUUGAGUCAAUACAAUGUGACAACAAAUGGUGUGACCAAUACGCUAUAUUCUCCCAAGGCAGGUCAUCGUUCGGAUUCGGGUCAUUUGACCACGAGACAAAUGAGAAAACAAAGUUCGCUGAAUGAGGAGUUGAUGGCGGGUAAUCGGAUAAGGGAAAAGGAAAGGGUGCGCAAACGAAUACAAAAACAAAUGUCGCUGAAUGAGGCAUUUCUGUGUCGUUCCGCUCUCUUUUCGAAGAGGCUGCAGGUUAUACGAGAAGGCUUCACAAGUAAAAUUAAAAGUUCAACGGGUAGCUUGGAGAGGGUAACCAAAACGGGUAUUACAAAAAUCAUGCAGAAUCUCAAGACGGCGAAUAAUGCGGAGGAGGGUGGCAGCGGAAUGGCAAAUGGCCCCAGUCCAAGUAAUGUUAAGGCCUCUAAGGCAGCCAUGUGUACCCAUGAACACCAUCAUCAUCACCACCAUCAACAGCAACAGCAACAUUAUCAGCAGCCGCAGCCGAACUCCCCCUUAGUUAGUAAUUUCCAGACCCAUUUACAUCAUCUGUUGCAUCGCCAAAAUACCGCUCCAACGACCAAUAAAUUUGCCGGACCGGUAACCAUUUGUAAAAGUUUGGAAUGUGCCGCCACCGCCUGCUACUGUCAAACCUAUCAUCAGGGUUGUUCACAAUGUAACGCCGAGAGUAGUGAGGAGAAGGCCCGUAGGCAUUCCCGAGAAUCUGGUUCUGAUUCGUCCAAGGAUAGUAGCCUACAAUCGGAUACCAGUAUAGAGUCUGAAGAUAGUUUUGCCUCCGUCAUUUUUAUACCCAAACCAGAGCAACAUCAGCAACAGCUGAACUAUCAAAAACAACAUCAAAAUUCAAAUUCCAGUUCGAGUAAUUCCUCCUCGAGUAAUGGGGGUGGCAGUGGUGGUUGCUAUGUCCACAAGACCUGUUGCCAGAGUCGUUGUGUUUCGGCCACAUCCUCCAACCUGGGUGGUGGUGGCGCCCAAUGUUGUAAACUAGACAUUAAUGGUCAUCGUAUAUCCUCCGUACCAACUUCGCCGCUAAUUAUGCCCUGUCCUCCCACACCUGCCCAUUCACCGGCUGCGGCCCAGACUCAGGUCACCUCACCGCCACAAUCGGUGCCAGCUGUUGUGGCGGCCAUGGCCAUGUUUACACCACCAGCCGUGGCGGCUGCCAAAACGGCCAUUGCAGAAGAGCAGGAAAAUGGCGCCCAAGAGAAACCCCUAACAAAUGGUCUGGCCAAGACCAGAUUUAACUUUGAUGAGGCCCACAUAAGGCAGCAGGAAAGUAAGGAUUUAUUACAGCAAGAGCAGCAACAACAGCAGCCACACCAGCAUCCACAAUUUAAAAUGGAGGUGAAGAAACCGGAACCCCUUAGAGACCCCUUGGAAAGGGAGAGGAAAAUUUUUCUAGAACCCAAAAUUACAAGGCAGACGAUACAAAAUCUACCAGCCAUACCCAAGUUCCGCAAACAACAAUCCCUGCAGAUAAGUCGGCAAAAUUAUCCCAUUGUGCGUAGGACAACCACUGGGGCUGGGGGUCCUGCCAUUGCCACCAUACCCAAGCUAAUGUCUUUGGAACUUUUCAAUCCGGCCACAGAUGAUUUGGACAGUGAUUCCAGUGAGCCAUCCUCUCCGGACUCGGUGGAUAGUGUUAUUAGUGCACCACGUUCUAACGCCUUAACUACGGCCCCUAGUUUGGAUGCUGGUAAAGAUUCCAGUCCCUUGGAGGAGAAAGAAAAAACCACUGCUCAAAAUUCAAAUAAAUCUCCUCCCCAUCACCCAGAUCCCGAUAUCAUUGUCAACGAUGAUACGGGUGAAAUAAUCCCCACCAAAUAUGGUGGCCAGCAAAGUAAUCCGCCCGAGGAUUGUGCCGAAUUUGCUGAAAAACUUAGUGCUCAGUUAAUGCGGGAAUUGGAGGAGAAGUCGCAAAACCCAGAGACGAAAAGUCGUAGCUUGGAAAAUGUCAGCGAGGAAUUCUAUGAUGAUCCGUUUGCUCCUCAGCCGCACCGCAAGAGGAAUGGUGACAAGGAUUUGACUGCCUUAAGGGAUGAAUUGCGCGAACGGCGUCUAAUGCUGGCCAAUCUCUCCACCCAACCCAGCCUAAAUCAAUCGCCAAAUUCCUCUUCCACCUCAUCACUGUCCUCACAAACCCGUAGCUUUACUAUACACGAAGAGGACGAAGAAGAAGAUGAGGAGGAACAUGAGCGCAGCUAUUCGCUGCAGCUCUACGAAAAUUGUAAAAUCUCCAAGCUGAACUAUAAACGCCAUCUACACAACAACAAUAAUUUACAUCCCGAGACCACUUAUCUGCUGCAGGAUGAAGAUUCCUCUUUUAAGGAUGAAGAAGAAGACAACGACGAUGAAGUGGAGGAAGGAGUAGCAGAAAUUGAACACGACGUCAUACCCGAAGAAGACGAAGAGGAUGAAGAUGAAGAACCGAGCCAAGACAACGAUCGUUCCUCAACGAAAACCAAAGACACAACCCUAAAAUGUGACUCUCUCGACGACAAGGAGGAUGAGACGAAAAAGAGUUCCGGCGAAGAGACCACGCUGCAAAAUCGCAACCAAUCCACAGAGUCGUGGGAACAUUCGAACAGUUCGACUACAUCACUUGAUAGCCCCUCACAAGGUGGCGCCACUACACACCAUCGUUACUAUCACGUUUUUCGUGAGGGUGAACUGGAUGCUCUGAUCAAUCAUCAUGUCGCUAGCCUGCACAUCGUGUCGUCGUAUUAUGAGCGUGCCAGUUGGUGUGUGGUUGCUGAAAAAGUGCAAGUAUGGACAAUUUGAGUGGUUGGCUGGAUAGAAUACUAAAUAGAUAGAAGUUAGAUAGUGUGUGGAUUUGGAA